GUUUCGAUCCUGGCCCGUAAUAGAAGAAGAAGGAGAGGGAACUUCCGCCAACAUCAUCAUCAAAUCGAAACUGAAAACCUAAAACCCCUUCUCAAUUCAGUUAACCCACCUCCAAAAAAUUUCAAAUCAAUCGCAAAUUCAAUCAAACCAAAUUCAAAGUACAGGAAAUCAAUGAAUUCAAUUGACGAAAUGGUUGAGCUGAGACACCUCCAAACCCUAGAAGGUCACACUGAUCGAGUGUGGGGACUAGCAUGGAACCCCACCAACACCAAUCUUCUCGCUUCCUGUAGCGGCGAUAAAACUGUUCGUAUCUGGGAACAAUCUUCCUCUGCUUCCUUCCAUUGCAAGGCGGUUUUGGAGGAGACGCACACAAGAACCAUUAGAUCAUGUGCUUGGUCACCUUCGGGGAAAAUGUUGGCUACCGCUAGCUUUGAUGCUACUACUGCCAUAUGGGAAGAUAUUGGAGGUGAUUUUGAAUGCAUCUCAACUUUGGAGGGUCAUGAAAAUGAAGUGAAAAGCGUCUCUUGGAAUGCAUCUGGUUCUUUAAUUGCUACAUGUGGUCGAGACAAAUCUGUUUGGAUAUGGGAAGUUGAGCCUGGAAAUGAAUUUGAGUGUGUGUCUGUAUUGCAAGGUCAUACACAGGAUGUCAAAAUGGUUCAGUGGCAUCCUUCGAUGGAUGUUUUAUUCUCUUGUGGCUAUGAUAAUAGUAUCAAGAUAUGGGCUGAAGACGGUGAUGAUGAUUGGCAUUGUGUUCAAACACUAAAUGAGGCUAGCAGUGGGCAUACUUCAACAGUAUGGGCUUUAUCUUUCAAUGCUAGUGGCGACAAAAUGGUAACCUGUAGUGAUGAUCUUACUAUUAAAAUAUGGGGAACUGACAACUUGCAUGGGCAAUCUAACGAGGGCUUUGCACCUUGGAAACACCUUUGCACUAUGUCAGGCUAUCAUGACCGCACUAUUUUUUCAGUUCAUUGGUCAAGGGAUGGUGUAAUUGCUACUGGCGCUGCAGAUGAUGCGAUACGCUUGUUUGUUGAGAAUGAUGAUGGUCAGGUAGAUGGCCCCAUGUACAAAUUACUAUCAAAGAAGGAAAAGGCACAUGAAAUGGAUUUGAAUUCUAUACAAUGGAGUCCUUCGGAAAAACCGUUGCUUGCCUCAGCAAGCGAUGAUGGAACAAUCAGGAUAUGGGAGUGUGCAUCUACAUCUUGAUUCUGCUUCUCCAAAUAGAAAACUUGUUUUGAUUGUCACUGUACUCUAGCUGGGAUGUGAUAUUGCUGCCUUUUUUUCUCCUUGCAAAAUGGUGUGACAGUUAAGCUAGUAAGCUACAUGUAUUGUUAUGUAAACUCGAUUCCAGAUUCCAGAGUUAUAAUACAGCAUUGAACAACAUAUUCCUGUUUAUGCCAAAUAUUGUUGGUGUAACAGAACCAUUAGGAUUUAGGUAAAAUUUUGUAAAUUUUAUCAACACCUCGAUUGAGGACUUUAAGAAAUACAUAGUAUUUUUCUA